CGCCCCCCCGCCCCGGUCGCUCGUUGUGCAGCCGAGGAAACAUCGGCAGCUUCCGACGACGUCGCUGUGAAAUGGCAGAAAGUGCUUGUGUCACGGAAGCGCAGAGAUUAGGUCGCGCAUGAGCCACACAUGUAUUCCGUGGGUGCUCCCGGCCUGUUAGCGUGAGGGGAACGGGGGACUAACAUCCGGAGGAAGUAAAGGGGAUUUAAGUGCUGUGCUCUUUUUUUUUUCUCUCCGGACAUACAAACAAAACAGAAAAAAACGAGAAAAAAACCCCCAGCGGCCGGGUUUUGUGUGCAGGCAGCGGACGGCGACUGUGCGGGGUCGACAGACACUGUCGGAAUCAACCGGAGACGGGUCGUGAGAGGAGAGCUCCACUUGGAUGCCCAGUCACCGUGUUUGUCAAAGGCUUCACAAUGAACCGGAACAAGCGUGAAAAGGAGUACUACAGUAUAGAUGUGGGUGAUUCGACUUUCAUGGUCUUAAAGCGCUACCAGAACCUCAGACCCAUCGGAUCCGGAGCACAGGGGAUUGUCUGUUCAGCAUAUGACCACAACUUGGAGAGGAACGUUGCCAUCAAGAAGCUGAGCCGGCCCUUUCAGAACCAAACCCACGCGAAGCGGGCCUACAGAGAACUGGUGCUCAUGAAAUGUGUCAACCACAAGAACAUAAUCGGCUUAUUAAACGUAUUCACACCACAGAAGACACUGGAAGAAUUCCAAGAUGUGUAUCUUGUGAUGGAGCUGAUGGACGCCAACCUCUGCCAGGUGAUUCAGAUGGAGCUGGACCACGAGAGGCUGUCCUACCUGCUCUACCAGAUGCUGUGCGGGAUCAAACACUUGCACGCCGCAGGCAUCAUACACAGGGACCUGAAGCCCAGUAACAUCGUGGUGAAGUCUGACUGCACUCUAAAGAUCCUGGACUUUGGCCUGGCCAGGACGGCCGCUACUGGCCUCCUCAUGACGCCCUACGUGGUCACCCGCUACUACCGUGCUCCUGAAGUCAUCCUGGGCAUGGGUUACCAGGCCAAUGUGGAUAUUUGGGCUGUGGGCUGCAUUAUGGCAGAAAUGGUUCGCCACAAAAUCCUUUUUCCAGGAAGGGAUUAUAUUGACCAGUGGAAUAAGGUCAUCGAGCAGCUGGGGACGCCAGCUCAAGAGUUCCUGAUGAAACUCAACCAGUCGGUGAGGACGUACGUGGAGAACCGGCCACGGUACGCCGGCUACAGCUUCGAGAAGCUUUUCCCCAAUGUCCUGUUUCCCGCCGACUCAGAACACAACAAACUAAAAGCGAGCCAAGCCCGGGACCUUCUCUCCAAGAUGCUGGUGAUCGACGCGUCGAAGCGGAUCUCAGUGGACGAGGCGCUCCAGCACCCGUACAUCAACGUGUGGUACGACCCGACCGAAGUGGAGGCGCCACCGCCAGCGAUCACGGAUAAGCAGCUGGACGAGAGGGAGCACACAGUGGACGAGUGGAAAGAGUUGAUAUACAAAGAAGUGUUGGACUGGGAGGAAAGGACAAAGAACGGCAUCAUCAGGGGACAGCCAGCGUCCAUAGGUGCAGCAGUGAGCGGAAGCCCCCACCAGCACCACCCCUCUUCCUCCUCAUCAUCCUCCUCCGCCCUCCACAACGACAGCUCCUCCAAGUCUGCUGACCCGACCCUGACCGACGCCGACCGCAGCCAGGAGAUGGCCAGCGCCGUAACCAUCACCACCGCCGCCGCUGCUACGGCCACGCCCCCCCCCACCCCGGGCUGCUGCAGAUGACUAUCAUCUACACCCCCCUCCCCCUGGUCCUGGCCCCGCCCCCCUCCCCUGCAUCCAAAUCCUCCCACCUCCUCUCUGUGCUCGUCUUCAAUAGUGUAGUGAUUAGCCAGCUAGCUGUUUGAGAAAUAUUUCUGAAAGGACAGAUCAUUUUUCCUUUCUUUAUUUUUUUUUAAAUGACAGUUAUAGUCCUUUAUUUUUAAAUUAGUAUUUUUUUGUUUUACUUUUUUUUGUCCUAGCUGUAAUUUAUUGUGGCAUUUCUUAAUUUUUUCAGAAACCUAAGAUGAUGAUAAGAGAAUUUUUAUGAAUUCCAUAUGUUCCGGUUUGUAUGAACCGACAGUGAGAAUUUAAAGAAAUAUCUGUAAAACGUGUAAUGUGAUCUAUUUUUCUGUUGAAAAUCUUUUGUUUUCACUUGCUUUUACAACUUGCCAUAUCAAUGUAGACAGAGUUUGUACAGAUUUUAUGGUAGAUGUAGUUAUCUCUUCAAUAUGAGUUUGCAGUGAGCCAUUGAAACAUAAUUUUAUUGACAAAUGUAUGGUUUUAGUACCCCCCCUUACCUUUUUUAUUUCACAUAUGGAAAUUGUUUUUAAAUGCAUAUGACACAUGCAUUCAUGUGACUGACUGAGGUCGCUUAGAUUUAUUUGUAAUUUUUUCGUUUCUUGUGAGUCACUACUACAGCCUACAUUGUCAAUUUCAACCUAAUGAUAUAUAUAUAUAUAUAUAUUUUAAUUUUCUCAUUCUUCACUUUCUGUUCAGUCCAAAUUUGAAAAAUACUGAGCUUUUCUUUCAGCAUUUGUUUUAAUUUUACUAUCUACACUUCAGAUACGGGAUUGAUAAUGGCACAGUGAGGUCCAGCAAGUUAACUUGGAACAUUUUGGCGUAUGUUUUAGUGCUUUAAAGUAGCUGCCCUCUUGUCUGCGAUGGGCAGCGUGACCGUUUGGAAUUGAGGUGGUGGUAUUGCUUUGGAGGACUGGUUGCACGGAGCCGCUGCACGCUCUCCUCGGGCUUGCUUUGACAAGUGAGGUGUUCAGGACUUUGGAAUGUUUUUUUGUCGUGCUUCGGGGGGGUUUUGGAGACGUAGGGUCGCGUGUUGGUUGUAAAACCGGUGGCGGUGUUGAAGUAGAACGUGCUUCGGUCAAGUAGGGAAUCGUGAUGUUGAGGAAUGCGCAUGAACGUUUUGGUAUUCCGAUGUCUCGGGAAGGAAUGGCGAUUAUGCAGCCGGUUGGAACGGUGUGAAAAAGAUGUCUGCUUCCUACUACCAGAUCCUGCUAUUAGCAAUGUACUUUUGUGAAUCUUAAAAAUUGAAAGUUUUCUUUCCUUCUAAAAGUUGGCCAAACACAUAGCGUACCAGACUUGCCUGCAAUUGUGAAUAAAAAAAAAAAAGAACCCCUAAAACUUAGCAUGUUGAACAGCAGCACAAACGAGCCGAGUAAAAAUAAAACAUUAUUCUUACCGUAUGCAAUAAUAGUGCCCUCUUUUAAGUGUCUUUGAUUAGUUUUUGAGAGGAAAAGUGCCUGUUGUCAUUCAUUCCUGAGUCGGUGGGCGGAAGUGUAUUCAUCAUGUGUAGGUUUCGAUGGUGCCUGGAUAAACGGCAGUAGUGUCCAUAUCAAACCGAUAAUUAAUGUGUGACCGGGGUUGUAGUUCUCACAAAUGUAUUGUAUAUUUUUCUACUUGUUUUGCUUUUGACCCUUGGGAGGGAGAAAGUGACGACGUGUGCGGCGAGACGCUCGAGCGCGCGUUGCAGUCAUUUCAGAAGACAGGGCAGUUUUAUCAAGGUCUUUCAUCAAAGUAAAAAAAAAAGAGCUGUUUCUUUGCAGCGGCAGCAACUGAAAUCAAGAUUAAUAACGUUAUUUUUUUGUGUGGCUUUUUUCUUUGGAUUUCUAAUUCAAUGUGGUGAUUUGUAAGAAAGAACAAUGAACGGAAAAGUUUAGUUUGAAAUUUACCACGGGAGCCAAUUAACUAAGUGAACUCUAUUGUACUGUCAGUAUUUUGUGGACCACUGUUUGUAACCAAUUGAUUUUUUGGAUCAGUCCGAACUACCAAUAUUAGCUUCGUUCUACCCGAGUAGUUUGACGACCGUCGGAAGAUCGUGAACAUUGUGGCCAUGAUUGAACUAAAUCCCAUUUAACCGACGAGGAGUUAAAACCUAGGGAGUCACGUCUCUAGUUCAACAACGACGGCAGUGGAUAACCCCGUAACGUAUCCAUUUGUAAUAUGAGCACAGUUUGUCAAAAAAUUAGUUAAAGAGAAUCCACCAGAAUAAAACAAACACUUUGUUCUAUAAAGUGCUCUUGAUUGUUUUUUUAGCCCGACAUUAGGGCGCUUUAAUUUGAGUGUUUUAUUUGUUCGUCUUCCUUCUCGGGUUGUUGUUGCUUCCUUUCUUUUUUUUCUCCCCCCCCCCCCCCCCCCCCCCCCCCGUCUUUUAUAAUUAUUGCAUCUCUCCAAACGAUGUCAUCCUGAUUCGAGUCGGCUUUGAUGAACUACCUCACACUGAAUUUCCGCCAGUUCUCGCAUAUGCUCGGUCGCCUUGCGGGGAUUAGCUGUCGCAGACGUGUGAAUUGCAGAUUCCAUUAUUUAUUUAUUUUGAAAGUGUACUGUUUGUGGGUUUCAGCAGACUUCUACUUUUGUACAUCAUGUAUACUUCACCUAGAAGUAAGAGAAUUGUUAUGUGAUUUGUUUUCUCUUUUUUUUCCUUUUCUUUUUUGGGUUUCUUUUCCGUUUUUUAAACUAAAUGUGCAAUGCCUUCAGCGAAACCGUGCUAGUAGUGUGUGAUGGGCCUAGCCUUUGUUAGCUGUCUCCUGAAGGUAAAGAAAAUGUUUGGUACUUGUCAAUCCAUGUUUUCCUUUUUUUGUUGUUGUUGUUUUUUUUUUUAUGAAUAAGAUCAAUUUUUAUUUCUGUGACUCGUUUACAGUCACACUAUUACGUAAUCGGUCUCACCCGCCGAACAAAUCUGCGAACCAGGGUUUGACUCCGGGGGACGGGAGGGUUCUCGGAGUCUCAACGUGGCCGACAGAUUUUCGAUUCGGGAUGCGGGAAAAGACAAUAAUGUUAUUGAACUCGCGCGCGCACACAAAAACAAAAAAAGACGAGUAAAUACCUACAAGAAAUCCUUAUACGUAUGGUGCUGGUUUGUAAUGUUUGCUAGUGAAUCCAGCCAUGCAAGUAGUUUUAAGAAUUCCUGGAUCUGCGCGUCCCAGAAAAGCCGCAACCCGACGAAGAAGUGCACUACUAGAAUACACGCACUGGGAUCUGACGAUGCCACCUCUUUAAAAAAAUUAAAAAGGUUAAAAAAAAAACGUACUGCAAAUAAAAAGAAACACACUUUGGUGAA